AUGUUUAAACAACAAUUAUCACCGCGGAGUGUCCAUCCUUACCAAACUACUGUGGUUCCACGUAGUGAGAAACAAUUCGUAUCGGCCAUACAACAAAGAGCAAAAUAUCCUUGGGUAGAAGAUAUUAAUACGCCAGUGUCACAAUAUUUAGGAACGGAUAGUUCGAAUUCUGAAAAUGCCUAUCAUGUUCCUCACUACCAAAGCACUCGAAGAGAUUAUGGCCCUCCAUCGCCUGUUUACCAAACACCAUAUGCUACGGGAACAUGGCAUAAUUAUAAAAGAAGUGAGAAAUCCCCUGUAAAACCGAUCCCGUCCAGUACUUACUCAUUUCCUCAGUGUUCAUCUGCAUUUUCACUGCCACUCUGUGAUACGGGACAUGGUAUACCUGUUAAUCGCUCCCCCGCCCCCACGGUGCCAUCAGUUAGCCCUGAAGUUCCUAUUAUUGGUGCUUGUGGUGGACACUGUCCAGGAUUUGAAUAUGUGUGCUAUUAUAUUUUACAGGUCAUUUUUGUAGUAGGAGUAUUAACAGGAAUCUCUUUAUGUAUUGCUGGAAUUGUGUUAAGGAGAACAAAUCGUAAUGGUGAUUUAGGUGUGUUAGUUUACAUAGGAUGCCUCUCAUCGUGUGUAUGUGGCGUCCUCCUCGGCGUGCAGUGUUGCGUGCGUCGCGAAAUUAGACAAAGGAAACUCCGUGCCAACUUGCAUAUUCCCAUGCAACCAAUACAGGAAGCACCAGUCCAAGUCUGCCCCUUACUGCCGUCUACUUUACCUCAUAGUCAAGUUUACAGACCAUCCAUUGCCAAUGUUUACUCCGAAGAAGAUAUAACCGGUGUUCCAUGGUGGCGCCGAACAACGAGAGACUGAUUAGUUUUAAGUUUUUUUACAAAUGAAUACUUUUAUAUCAUUAGCGCUAACAUUAUAAAUAAAAUAAUAUGCUUGUAA